AUUCCCGUUGAUAACUCCGUUCUUUUCAACAUCUCUCUCUCUCUCUCUCUCGAUGAUGGAGACCGCGAAAGUGAGGAUCGGAUCUCGAGAAUCUCGAUGGAUCUCUCGCGAAUCAGUCGAAGACGAAGAAGAAGAUCACGCGAGGGAGGAGGACCAAGAAGACGGCGAAGGAGUUGAGCGCAAGCUGAUUCGAACGACGCCGGUCUUCGAUCCUCUCGACGUGGAGGCCAACGAGGUCUCCAUCCCCAUCAAAGACGAUCUCGAUCAGGAGUUUAAUUUGCGGAAGAGCAUUAUACUUGCCCUCCAAACACUGGGAGUUGUAUUUGGAGACAUUGGAACAAGCCCACUCUACACAUUUGAUGUGAUGUUUAGCAAAUCACCUUAUCAUAGGAAGGAAGAUGUUAUUGGAGCACUCUCUUUGGUUCUAUAUACUUUGAUUCUGAUUCCAUUGAUCAAGUAUAUAUUAGUAGUUCUUUGGGGCAAUGAUGAUGGUGAAGGGGGUACAUUUGCUUUGUAUUCAUUGAUAUGUAGACAUGCAAAGGUCAGUCUACUUCCGAACCAGUUGCAUUCUGAUACCCGAAUUUCAAAAUUCGGGCUCAAGUUGCCAUCACCAGAGCUCGACAGAUCUCUACGAAUUAAAGAGCACAUUGAAUCCUCACUGGGACUGAAGAAGCUUCUCCUUGUGUUGGUACUUUUUGGUACCUCUAUGAUGAUAGCAAAUGGAGUUGUCACUCCAACAAUGUCAGUUAUGUCAGCAGUCGGUGGUCUUAGAGUUGGAAUAUCCAGCUUUGAGCAAGAUAAAGUCGUGAUGAUAUCGGUUGCAUUUCUCGUCAUAUUGUUCAGUGUACAAAAGUAUGUAACAAGCAAAGUGGAUCUUGCAGUUGGACCUGCUCUAUUUAUAUGGUUUUGCUCCCUUGGGCUUAUCGGUAUCUACAAUCUUGUGGAGUAUGGUGGAACAGCUUUUCUGGCAUUUAACCCUGUUUACAUCCAUUAUUUUUUUAAAAGAAAUUCAACUCGAGCUUGGAUGUCUCUUGGUGGUUGUAUUUUGUGUGCAACAGGCUCUGAGGCUAUGUUUGCAGAUCUGUGUUAUUUCUCUGUGAGGUCUAUUCAGAAAAUGUUUGUGUUUCUGGUUCUACCUUGUCUUGUCCUGGGAUACCUUGGUCAAGCUGCAUUCCUCAUGCAAAAUCAAAAUGCAUCUGAGCAAGUGUUCUUUUCAUCAGUUCCAAAUGGAGCUUUUUGGCCAAUCUUCUUCAUUGCCAACAUAGCUGCACUUAUUGCAAGCAGGGCGAUGACUACAGCUAUAUUUUCAUGUAUAAAGAAGUCAAUGGCUCUUGGUUGUGUUCCCCGCCUCAAAAUCAUUCAUCCAUCAAGGAAAUUCAUGGGUCAUAUAUACAUUCCAGUUCUAAACUGGUUUUUGUUGGCAUGCUGCCUGGCAUUUGUUGUCACCAUUGGAAGCACAAAUGAGAUGGGCAAUGCAUAUGGAAUUGCUGAGCUUGGAGUGAUGAUAGUGACAACUAUCUUGGUGACUCUUAUUAUGUUGCUGAUAUGGCAGAUUAACCUCAUUAUUGUGAUGUGCUUUGCAGUCCUCUUUUUGGGGUUGGAGUUGGUUUUCGUUUCUUCAGUGUUGUGUGAUGUGGGAGAUGGAAGUUGGGUUCUGUUGGUCUUUACAGCAAUACUGUUUAUGAUGAUGAACAUUUGGAACUACGGUAGCAGGCUAAAAUAUCAAACAGAAGUCAGACAGAAGCUUCCUAUGGAUUUGCUGAUGAAUUUGGGUUGCAAUCUGGGUACAAUUAGAGCCCCUGGUAUUGGCUUGGUUUACAAUGAAUUGGUGAAAGGAGUUCCUGCAGUAUUUGGGCACUUUUUAACAUCCCUUCCAGCUAUCCACUCUUUGAUUGUAUUUGUGUCAAUAAAGUAUAUACCAGUUCCAGUUGUGCCUCAGGGUGAGAGGUUUCUUUUCCGGCGUGUCUGCCCACAGAGCUAUCACAUGUUCCGCUGCAUUGCUAGAUACGGUUACAAGGAUGUUCGCAAGGAGAAUCACCACACAUUCGAACAGCUCCUUAUCCAAAGUCUCGAGAACUUCAUACGCCGAGAAGCUCAAGAGCUCUCUCUAGCAAGCGACGAUGAUGCUGAUUCUGACACUGAAAUCCAAGUAUCAAACUCGAGAGUCAUCGUGGCCUCCAAUGGCAUCAUGUAUUCUCUCAGCAUCCCUCUUCUUGCUAACGAGAAGCCAGCUUCUGAACCCAGUACUUCUUCAUCUCAUCUGAGUCGACAAGAUUCACCUUCUGCGGCUGCUUCUGCUGAAAAGAAUCUUGAAAGAGAGCUUGCUUUAUUGUAUAAGGCCAAAGAGAUUGGACCUGUUUAUCUCCUUGGUCAUGGAGAUAUCAGGGCUAGAAAAGAUUCAUGGUUCUUUAAGAAGCUGAUUAUAAACUACUUUUAUGCCUUUUUACGAAAGAAUUCAAGGAGAGGCACAGCAAACCUCAGUAUUCCUCACUCCCAUUUGAUGCAAGUGAGCAUGACUUAUAUGGUCUGAGAGUUUGCCAUGUUUUCCAUCUAUUUAAGUUUUUCAGAUCGAUUUUGGUGUUUUUCAUCGAGGCAGUUUUGGUCAUUUUCUGAUUUCUGUUCAUGGUCUAACUUCUGUAAAAAUGGGCAUGUAUAAAGUACUCAUAGUGGUGGACAUUGGAGACAUUUUGAAUUAUAGAAAGCAAGUUGUUAAUUAAAAUUGCGCUUUCUUGAUAUUUGUUUUGAUAAUCAUGUGGUUAUAGGUUUGAUAUCAGACUUUGUAAAG